UAGUCAUGUGUGGCUGCUUUUUCGGUGAAUAUUUAAAAUUUUCGUUAAAUUAAGGUUGCCUUACUCACUUUUGUUGCCAACGAGGCCUGAACAUUUCCUAGAGCGAAGAAGCUAGCAGACACAUGCUUCUUACACCCUAUUAAUUUAAGAACAAAUUAAGAUAAAUUCAGCCCCAGUUUUUCGAAAAAAUUAAGAACAGUCGGCCUGAACUUAAAUUUACAUGCUCUUAUAAGAGAAGUCUGUACUAGAGUUGCUCGAGUCGCUCAUUAUUAUUAUUUACAAAAAAUCAUGUUCUCGUUUUCAAUAAUUUGUGUGAGACCGAGAUGUGUUUCCUUGGCAACAAAGUGAGCAGUAGUAAUAGGCCUUUUUCACUAGAAAACAUGGCAAGGAUCUUGCAUACAGUCCAUUAAAAUUGUAGAAAUGAACAUGGAUACAAGCAUUCCGAGUAUCCAGAGCUUGCCACUCGAUAUUCUCAAUUUUCACAAACAGUUUACAGCAGAUCUUGAACAUUUUGGCCUGAAAGACAGUGAUUCAGAUAAUGAAGAAUCAACUGAUAUCCCAGAAGAAGAAAGACCAGUCACUCCAAUUGAGGUGGCGAUAAAAAGAUCGCCAAAAACAAUCCAAGAACUAAAAGAGUUGAUUCACAAACGACUGCAUAUCCAAGAUGGCAUUCCUUCUGUUAAAAGCCAAGACCAGAUGGAGUUGGCUGCUACACUCAUGUCCGAAACAAGUGCAAUCUGGCCAGAUAUGCGACAUCAAGCUCCUGACCCUUUUCUGAGUGCUGCAGAUAAUAAAGAAUUGGAAAGAAGAGUUGCAAUUGAAGUCGUUAAGACCGUGGAAAAUCUCUUCACUACAUACAUAAAAAAGUUGCAAGAAGUCAACUUGAAGGGAGUAUUCAGCUCAUCCUCAAACGUCAGCCGACUAAAGACUCAGCUCUCAUUUGAAGCCAAUAAAAGCUUGAACAUUCUGAACGUUAGAAGAAAGCUUGCCACUGCAUUAAGAAACCCAGAAUCAAAUGAGGAUGUGUUAUCAGAGGAUUCGUUUGUCAUCAAAGUCAGAGAAAAGCUUUUGGAAAGGAAGAAGGAGCAGCCCACGGGACGAAUUGCGCGAAAAUUGCAGAUCACAAGAAUGCACGCAGAAGAACUGUACAGGCAACUGGAAAUCAAGGAUUUGAAUGAAAAGAUGCCAAGCAUAGACGUUUCAAAAUUUCUCGACACUGGAUCACCUUUCGUUGGACUUAGCAUGCCAAAGCCUGCGACCAGCAAAUUAACACAAACACCUGUCACUCCAAAUGAUGGAAAUGAUGAAGAUGUUGCGAUUGAAAAUAAACAAAAGGACAGGCUUUUAGAAGAGGAUGGAAAAUUACAGUUUAGACUACAGAAGUCACAUUCACUUCAAAUGCCAGAUACAACGGCACUGUUCUUGGAAGAGCUGGAGCUGACUGAAAAAGAUUUGAAACCUGAAAGAAAAAGAAGCAUAGAGCGCCUUCCAGUUACAAGUAUGCGAAUAGAUGGCAUUCAAGAAAAAGAGAAGGCACUGUAUGCAAAAUCACCAAGAGAAGAUCUGGAAAACUUAUUUCAGAGAGAAAUACUCAGUAGAAAGGUUGCUGAUGGUUUUGAAACGGACGUUCUCGAAGACAUGCCACCGUUGCUACAGGCUUUGCCAGUCAGUCGAAAAGGCAAACGAAAUCUGAAAAAGGACGUAAAGGAAGAGGAACUGGAUACGAGUGAAACAGAGUCAGUGGCAUCAACUAUAUCUACAUUGAAAGCUAUCAAUACUGGAUACAGAGGAGAGGAAAGGAUCAGUGAAUUGCCACCUCAACCGGCUGUGGUGUCGAAGAGCUUCAACAAGAAGGAUAUUGUUCGGGCAUCUGAUGUCAGAGUAUCCAGUCGAGAAAACGCGUCCCAGGUCACCUUAAAGAAGCACCACACAAUUUACAACAGUUUCAAAGGAGAGAUCGACGACGCCACUGUGAAAUGGUUGGAUCGCAACUUGUUUGCAGGUGACGAAAUCAAAGAGGUUUACGGGGAAAUCGUAACAACAAUAAGCAAAGUCCAUCUACAGUAUGAUCAGGAUGACUUUGUGGUUAAAUGUCCUCUGAGCCUUGACAACUCAAAUGCGAAAUCAUCACAAACGUCUGAAGGAAAAGAAGCUCGCAUUUUUAAUAAACAACUGGUAGGGAAAACAGAGCCACCCUGGGGCAAAGAAGGUGCCAGCGACUGGAGAAAUUCACCAAAAUUUGACGGUCUUGGAAGGCAAGAAAUUCUCAAGCUUAGAGAAAAUGCCAACAAGGAAUUGAAUUCCCAAGAACUGGAUUACAGCCACCAAAACCAGAAAAAGCCUGUCAAAUCAUAUGCUGCCUGGCUUGCUUGGUGGAGAUCUACGAUGAACAGUGAAGAUUUUUAUAAAUACGUCUCAACAGGGGAAAAUGACUUUUUGACCAAGAUAUUUCACCUUUACGAUUCUGAAGAUGAAGAUGAGAAUGCAGAUGGCUCCUCAAAUACAAUUCAAGAAGACCCUGAAACUUUGGCACGAAGAAGACGCUAUGAAGAGCGACAAGCAAAACUGCAAGCGGACAAGAGUAAGUACAAUGAAGGCUUCUGGAAUGUCAAUACAAUUCUGCUUGGAGGACUUGGAAAAGAGCCUGAUUUGGAUGAUGAUUCUGUCUGCUCACUGUCUGCCAUCGGAGAGGGCAUUGCAACAAAGGAUGGAAAAACUAGUGCGUCCGGAAAAUCAACGAGAAUGUCACAAAUAUCAUCAGAGUUAAUGGGUUCAAAGUUAAUUAGGCUGGCCAACAGCGUGGCAUCUGAUUAUCUGCCUCCGCCAGAACUCACGUUGCAAGAUCGACUAGAAAGAGUAUGGACGAUGCUUAAGAUGCCUGACAACCUCAGAGUUGAUAUGGCGAUUAAAUAUAGCAUGGACGAGAAUGCGCGAAAGUUUUCUGAGAUGGUCCAGUGUUGGGAAAUAGCUGCCUCUUGUGUGGUUAAAAGAGAAGAGCUUAUAUCAGCUCUCGAAAAAUUUGAGCGAAAUGCUUCCGACCCAAAUCGCUUUUUCGGAAAAGGUUCAAAGCGUUCUUCGCUUGCUCGCCUAGAAGAAUCAAAAACAAGAAGUGCGUUACACAGGGAAUUGCAUCGCCUAGAUGAUACCACUAAACAUGCUAUUCUCAAAGUACGAAAGAUGUUUAAAGAUGUCGUGACGUAUCAAGGACGACCGUAUAUCGAGAAAAUGAGCUCUGAUAAGACUGAAAUGUUAUAUUGGCUACAAGAAGAGAGAAGGGCUGCUGCGUUGGAGCAGUCAUUCAAUGAUCGCAAAGGUAAAACAUCUGAACUGCCUCCGAUUGCCACUAUGACUUUAUUGUAAAGUUUAUCUUUAUAUUAGAUCCUGUUUAUUUAUUCUUACAAAGGCGAGGCUCAUUUGCCCAUGCUUCCUUGUUGAUCAACAGUGUCGAUGAGCAAAAUAGCAAAAAACUUGUCUAUCUUGAUACAAUGUAUAUUGUAAAAAAACUAGGACACUUUCAUUGAGCUUCAAAAAUAAUCAACAAUCUAUUUAAUAUUA